UCUCUCUCGCUCGCUCUCUUUAGCUCCUUUCUGCGGUUCUCCGCCGCCCUUUCUGUCCGGGGCUGGGGGACUCAUCCGACCCCGGCUUUGGUCCUUCGCCUCGUGGCUGCCGUGCUCUCAGCCUCCCUACCCCGGGUCUUCCCGCCUUCUAGGGCUCAGCCCCCGCGAGGCUGCCACGCGCUGGGCACGAAGUAGUCGUCCAGUUAGCGCGUGGACCCCGAAGUCCGUUAAGAUGUAGUGCGGCGCCUUGAGAGAGUUGCCUGCAGCGCGCUCGAGCGCUUCCACCGCCGCUGCACUCGUUCUUUUCGACUUUCUAUCUUUUACUUUCUCUUCAGAAAAUCGGCGGUCAGACUAGCUCUAACCUCUGCAGAUUUAUAAAGAACUCUUCCUCUGAACUUGUGGCAUUUUAUCACAUAUACAACUGGGAUUUUAUUAUUUAUUGAACGGCUACUCUGCAGGGUGCCAGAUGGAUUAAGCCUAAUCCUGUACUCAAGAGAGCUGUCCUAAGGAGGGGGAAAUACAAGUAGAUAAACUCUUAAUGCUGUGAACCUUUUAGAUUACUGGACCAAAAAGAUGACAUCUAUUAUCAAAUUAACUACCCUGUCUGGGGUCCAAGAAGAGUCUGCUCUUUGCUAUCUUCUCCAGGUUGAUGAGUUUAGAUUUUUAUUGGACUGUGGCUGGGAUGAGCACUUUUCUAUGGAUAUUAUAGAUUCCCUAAGGAAGCACGUUCACCAGAUUGACGCAGUGCUGCUGUCGCACCCAGACCCUCUCCAUCUUGGUGCCCUCCCUUACGCUGUGGGAAAGCUGGGUCUGAACUGCGCUAUCUACGCAACCAUUCCUGUUUAUAAAAUGGGGCAGAUGUUCAUGUAUGAUCUGUAUCAGUCUCGACACAAUACAGAAGAUUUUACACUCUUUACAUUAGAUGAUGUGGAUGCAGCCUUCGAUAAAAUACAGCAGCUAAAAUUCUCUCAGAUUGUGAAUUUGAAAGGUAAAGGACAUGGCUUGUCUAUCACACCUCUUCCAGCUGGGCAUAUGAUAGGUGGAACAAUAUGGAAAAUAGUCAAAGAUGGAGAAGAAGAAAUUGUUUAUGCAGUUGACUUCAACCACAAGAGGGAGAUCCACUUAAAUGGAUGUUCCCUGGAAAUGCUAAGCAGACCCUCUCUACUCAUCACAGAUUCAUUUAAUGCUACCUAUGUGCAGCCUAGAAGGAAGCAGAGAGAUGAACAGCUUCUGACAAAUGUCCUGGAAACCCUUCGAGGUGACGGAAAUGUGUUAAUAGCAGUGGAUACUGCAGGCAGAGUUUUGGAACUUGCUCAGCUUCUUGAUCAGAUUUGGAGAACUAAAGAUGCAGGAUUGGGCGUUUACUCACUAGCGCUCCUAAAUAACGUCAGUUAUAAUGUGGUGGAGUUUUCUAAGUCCCAGGUAGAGUGGAUGAGUGAUAAAUUGAUGAGAUGCUUUGAAGACAAAAGGAAUAACCCAUUUCAGUUUCGCCAUCUUUCUUUAUGCCAUGGUCUUUCGGACUUGGCUCGAGUACCUAGCCCCAAAGUUGUCCUUGCUAGCCAGCCUGACUUGGAAUGUGGAUUUUCAAGAGAUCUCUUUAUUCAGUGGUGUCAGGACCCUAAAAACUCAAUCAUUCUAACUUAUAGAACUACUCCUGGGACUUUAGCACGUUUCUUAAUUGAUAAUCCUUCUGAAAAAAUUACAGAAAUAGAGUUGAGGAAACGUGUGAAGCUUGAAGGGAAAGAGCUUGAGGAGUACUUGGAAAAAGAGAAACUAAAGAAAGAAGCUGCUAAAAAACUUGAGCAGUCAAAAGAGGCAGACAUAGACUCCAGUGAUGAGAGUGAUGUCGAGGAAGAUAUUGACCAGCCGUCUGCUCAUAAGACAAAGCAUGACCUGAUGAUGAAAGGUGAAGGUAGUCGUAAAGGAAGUUUCUUCAAACAGGCAAAAAAGUCUUAUCCUAUGUUUCCUGCCCCAGAAGAAAGAAUUAAAUGGGAUGAGUAUGGAGAGAUUAUCAAACCAGAGGAUUUCUUAGUGCCAGAACUUCAAGCUACUGAAGAAGAAAAAAGUAAAUUAGAAUCUGGUUUGACAAAUGGAGAUGAGCCCAUGGAUCAGGAUUUAUCUGAUGUUCCAACUAAGUGUAUUUCUACAACAGAAUCUAUUGAAAUAAAAGCCAGGGUUACUUACAUAGACUAUGAAGGACGCUCUGAUGGAGAUUCCAUUAAAAAAAUCAUUAAUCAGAUGAAACCACGCCAACUGAUAAUUGUCCACGGCCCACCAGAGGCCAGUCAAGAUCUGGCAGAGUGCUGCCGUGCAUUUGGCGGGAAAGAUAUUAAAGUGUACAUGCCAAAGCUGCAUGAAACAGUUGAUGCCACCAGUGAAACACACAUCUACCAGGUGAGGUUAAAAGACUCACUUGUCAGCUCCCUUCAGUUUUGUAAGGCAAAAGAUGCUGAAUUAGCGUGGAUAGAUGGUGUCUUAGACAUGAGAGUUUCCAAAGUGGACACGGGAGUAAUUUUAGAAGAAGGGGAGCUCAAGGAUGAUGGAGAAGACUCAGAAAUGCCAGUGGAUGCUCCUUCCGAUUCCAGCGUCAUAGCGCAACAAAAGGCCAUGAAAAGUCUGUUUGGAGAUGAUGAGAAAGAAACAGGUGAAGAAAGUGAGAUCAUCCCUACUCUGGAGCCCUUGCCGCCUCACGAGGUUCCUGGACAUCAGUCAGUUUUUAUGAAUGAACCAAGACUGUCAGACUUCAAACAAGUUCUUUUACGGGAGGGGAUUCAAGCUGAAUUUGUAGGAGGUGUACUUGUCUGCAACAAUCAAGUAGCAGUCCGUAGAACGGAAACUGGACGCAUUGGAUUAGAAGGCUGUCUUUGUCAAGAUUUUUAUAGGAUAAGAGACCUUUUAUAUGAACAGUAUGCCAUCGUGUAAAGGACAUGAUGUCAAGAAGUAUCUGCUUGACCUUUCUAAGAAAAAAGGGUUCUUACCUUAUUCUAAGCUUUUGCUCCUUUCUUUUAUAACAUAUAAAAAGAAUCUACCAGAAAAACUGAACAUGUGUUAAAUUUUUAAAAAUGUAAAUAGAAGGCUGGGAAUAUAGCUCAGUGGUAGAUGCUUGCCUAGCAUGCAUAAGGCCUGAGACUUUAAUGCCCAGCGUCAGAAGAAAAGAAAGGUAGCAGGGAGGAAAAUUUAAAAUGUGAGUAGGACCCCUUUUGCUAAUGCUCAGAAUGAGCACCCUGCCUUUUGGCUUUCAGAGUGACAGAGGACCUAACAAGUGUACAGGCUGAGAAUGAAAGAUGGCCAGUUUCCUUUACACACCUUCGCCUUAGAAGGGCUUUUUACUUGAAUAAUACAGUGCAACUUAGCAAACCAGUUCAUGGCCUUAGAGAACAUGUUUGCAUGUCCUCUUACAAACAGCUUCUUGUAUUUUCUGGAAUGAAAAGAGAAUUAUUUGACAAAGAUGUGCUACAACAAAACUAAACUGAUAUAAUAGUUUUUUGAAGAUUAGGUAUUUAAAAAAAAGUAUAUGUGCUAUGGUUAUUUUGAAUUCUAGUGUAUAUUUUCACAUGGUAUGUAUCUGUUCUACGCCUAUAGUUCCCUGUGAUUCAUGCUAAUGUGAGGUACUAUGUAUUUUGUCCAGGAAUCAAUUUUUAUUUCUCCCAUUUCUUGUUCUUAAGAUUUUUUUCUUGUUCGAUUUGAAUUACUGCACCAUGAUAUAUGUCAUCCAAAAGAACUGCUUGAUGUGUUAGUCUUAAGGAUUCUAUGUACAUAUUAGACACAACUGUCAGCUGGGUUGUUGUACUUGAAACUGUUUUAGUGCUGUAUUUUUAAGGAAAAUGUUGAACUUCACUUUUUUUUAUAAAGUAGCAGUGUAAUUUAAUUAAAAAAUGUAAAUGUUUUCCUCUCUUAGGCUUGCUCUCUUCUAGGGUGAGUGCAGCAGUGGUUGGAUUUUAUAUACAUUACUACAGAAAUAAUACUGAAAUUGGCUGGGCACAGUAGCACAUGCUUAUGAUCUCAGCUACUCAGGAAGCUGAGGCAAGAGUCACAAGUGCAAGACCCACUUGCGUAACUAAACAAAACAUUCUCCAAACAAAAAGGAUUGGGAAUGUAGCUCAGUGGUAGAGUGUUUGCCUGGCAUGUGGGAAGCCCUAGGUUCAGUCCCCAAUGCUGCUAAAAACCAAAGCAAAAAACUAAAUUGGAUAAGGUCAUCUUUGCUGCCCUGAUACAGUAUAAACGAUUUGUAUUGAAGAGUAAAAUAUGCAAUUUUCAUUGGAUUUAGUCAAUGAAAACCAUAGUGCCCUAUUUUAAUUUGUUGAUUAUUAUUAUUUUUUAGAAGGUAGCUUAAUCACAGCAUACCUUAAUGCUUACCCUCUCUACACUUAGCAUUUUUAAGAGAAUCAAUCUUUGUUAACUUCUGUGGAGUUGUGCAUAUUUCUACCCAGUGACAUCAGAAUAGAAUUAAUACUUCAUUCUGUUUCAAAUGCUUACAGAACUUCUGUUGUGGAUUAUAAUACUAAUACAAAGUUUAUAGCCUCCUGAUCCUGAAAACCACAUACACAAACUAGUAUUUCAGAAGGUGAAUAGAAAAGGUAUAUUUUCUUUUUAGCACCUCAAAAAUUUUUGUCUCAAACUUCUGCUGCCGUAUAAUUCUGUUUUUAUCCCACGGGAGGGGCUGGGGAUUUAGCUCAGUGGCACAGUGCCUGCCUGGCAAGUGUGAGGUCAUAAGUUUGAUUCCCGGUACCAAAAAAAAAAAAUUCUGUAUCCCAGGAGAAAGAAAGUGUAUUUGUUUCAUGGUUUAAAGUAUCUUGCAAACUUGGUUUUACAUAUUAUAUCACAAUACCAAUGUUGAAAAACUUCCCUUCCCUUCCCUUUCUGUUGGCAUAUGAGCAAUGAUCAAACUUUACAGUACCGAGCUGUAGUGGGUGGGUGGCACAUGCCUGUAAUUCAAGGCGUGGGAGACUGAGUCAGGAGAAUCAAGUUCAGGAUUAGUCUGGGCAACAUAACAUGCUAAACAAACAAACAAUACAUAAAUAACCCGCCCCCAAGCACGUAAAGAUUGCCAUGUUAAAUGUCACUGGAAGAUCAAUACUUUUGUUUCUAAAGAGAUGACAAUGUUCCUGACAUUUCUAAAAUGAAGACCUUUGUUUUAGCAUGUUACUUAGAAAAAUACCAGUUUUACUAGCGACUCUGAGGUAAAACAAACUCAGAGAAACUUCCAGAUCUUUAUUGUUUCAAAGCAAGAAAAAAUACUUGUGGACUAUCAACUGAUACCUGCAAAUAAUUUUGUUGAAAAGAAAUUUUAUUGUAAUGUUUGUUGCAGUGGGUUUAUACAUAUUGGGUAUUGUUGCAAUUAUUUGUAUAUUUUCAGGACCCAGUAGCUGACUUUCUGGUGAGGAAAUGAGGAAGUCAGUUUUCUAAGGAGGGCCAUUCACCUUUGUAAAAGUUGGGGUGUGGUUAACAUGCCAUAAAAUAUACAUUGUUUUUGAAUGUAUAGUUCAUUUGGUGUGUUUACAGAGUUGUGGAGUCAUUGUUCUACUGUCUAAUUCCAGAACAUUUUCAUCAUUCCAGAAAGGCACCCCAUGCUCAUUAGUAGUUAUUCCCCGCUUUUCCCUUCUCCCUAUCCCCUGUCAAACAUUAAAUUUUCUGACUAUGGAUUUCCCAUAAACAUAGAAUCAAGCAACGUA